AUGGCGUGGUUUCCGCUUCGUUUGUGGAGUCGUUCGAGUCCUGCGGUGGUGGAGGGUCACUUCUGGGCCCUCACGCGUUAUCGCAUUGGCCGCCGCUUCAUUGGACUCGACUACGCCGAUAAUGUCAUUCUCUUUCCCGCCUAUCGCACCCGGCGGUGGGGCGGCUGGGCGGCCGUUACGCUGGGCGCCAACAACACCGGCUACGUCACGAAUGACACCUCCGCUGUGAAUGUCCUCGAGGAUGGAUAUCCACUCCACUGGCGGGCCAGCGCGAAGCUGCAGGCAUUCGUCGCGGAGGAGAAGCGGAUGUGGCAGGCAAAGCGCGAGGCGGAGUUGGUGCGACGAGCCGCAGAGAAGGCAGCGGAGAAAAUUGCAGCCACCGCGGGCAGUACAAAUAACGCCGUGGGAGGAGGAGGAAAGACGGAUGGGAGUGGAAGUCAAGAUAAGCCCGCAGGCGGCCAGGAUGGGAAUAGUCAUAGUAAUGGUCAUCAUAACCACCAUCCACAUGUGGGCGGUAGUGCGGCGAGGACGGCAGAGACGUAUUUGUACGACAGUGAACAGGAUUUUCGGGAUGCACUUACUAUUAAGUGUUCAUCACCGGGAUUUGUAAAGCGUCAUCUGCGUAUCAGUCGUCUAACCACGAUAAUCUAUAAAGCCCUUUACUUUUAUCUAUGGGGUAUUGCCAUUUCUCUCAUUGUACAGGCAUACUUAAUGUUCCGCUCCUGGUUAAAUCCACCAGCACGACAAGGAUUAAAGAAUCUUGAAGAUCACGUUCUACACAUUCCAAAGGUGCUCUUCGCCUUUUGUGUAUCGGGAGUGGCUUGGGUUGCACGUAAACUUCAUCCAGUUGUGGAUCCACUGCUGCAAUUACUGGAAGAGAAAUUCCCGCAGGUGAAUUGGAGUGUCGCCUCACCAGAGGCCAUCGCCACACGUGCCGAUCAGUUGGCUGGACACGAUAAGGCCACCUCUCCAGGCGCAGCCGCUGCCGCUGCGAAUAAGGCAGCAUUAAAGAAGAAGGCACAAAUGUCAAGUGAUGAGGGACGCCGGGGAUUGUGGAUGCAGAUCCUCAUGGCCCUUCUGUGUGUUUUCUCACUUCUCUGUGUCUUGUAA